GUUUCUUUGAAUGGAAGGUGACUGACAGAAAUAGUGAGGGUCUAGAAUGGAAUGUGAGAAAGUGGAAGAAAGAGAUAGACAGUGCAGAGAAAGGUGACGGUCUGAGGAGGUGGGAGCAUGUGAUGGAGCGAAAGACUACUUUGGGAUGGUACAGAGAAAAGGAAGCCCCGCAGUGUGUCAGCUGGUAUGAUGGAAGCCUGGGUGGUGAUCUUCUCUUCCAAGCUCGAGCGCAGUGUAUGAAUGUGAAUGCAAGAAAUUACAGGUGGUCUGAGUCCCGCAGCAAAGUGUGUCAGAUGUGUGACAGGGGUGUGGAUGAAACUGUCGUGCAUGUGAUACUGGUGUGUGGGAGGUACCGGAGAGAAAGGACGGAGAUGAUGAGGGUGGCACUGAGAGAGAUGGGCUGGGAUGUGAAUGGGAGGAUUGCAAGGACAGAGAGGGAAUGGAUGCUGCUGCUGCUGGGACUGAGUGAUGAAGCAAAUGAUAGAAUUAUAGAAGCCAUGAAGAGUUUUCUGGAAAAGAUGUGGUGUGCAAGAAAUAGGGAAUUGGAAGAUUUGUAAUGGAUACUGCUUGUGUUGUUUUAUUUUUACAGGGUGUGCCGAUACGAAGGCCUGACUCUCCAACGGGUCACCUGUACAGCAAGAGCAAGAGCAAGAGUGUUGUAGGACUUGCUCGCAAAUGCAAAAUAACUCGCAGAAAUUAUCAAGAAUGCUGUAAAGGUGACAGGAUAAAUCCCAGUCUUCAGGAUGAAGGGAUUAACAGUUGAGCAGAUUAGUGCUGAUCGGGUUACUUUCCUGGCACAGCAGUAUUGGUCACCAGACACCAAGGAAACUCACCUACCCUAUGACCCCCAAGUAAUAAAUGAUAUUUAUGAAAGUGAAGUGAGAGCAACAGAUUUCAGUACUCGUCGCAUUGUUGUGCUCGAGCUGAGUCAGUACCUUGAAAACUAUGUGUGGCCAAACUAUUCUGAAAAUGCCAGUCCAGCACACUUAAUGUCUGUCAUAAUUUUGGUCAAUGAGAAGUUUCGUGAGCGUGUUCCAGCUUGGGAUUCUUUUGUGAAGCACCCAGGUCCUUUUGUAGGCUUCCUUAGACACCUGAUGAAGGCAUGCCUAGAUACAAGCAACAGGUUUACUCAGAAAGAACACACACACAUGAUAGUGUUCCUCAACCAUCUGUACAACAGUAUUGAGACAGACCUCAUACGCAAUGGCAUUAGCCACACUGUGUCGUAUAAUAUUCUUGAGUGUCUGUCAGAUGGUCAGCUGCAGAAUGUGCUGAAGGACUUUCCCAAUUGGGCCAAAGCAUUAAAAAGAACAGCACGACACAGGAAGAAGCUAAGUGGUGUUGAACUGGAACAUUUCAAUUUUGAUACAAAAUUUCUUUACUCACUGAUGCAGCAGUUUCUGAAGAAACUAUCAAGUAUAUCUUUAGAAGAUAAGGAGCUGAAUCAAGAUGUUGUACAUUACUGUGAAAGAUUCCUGGAACUAAUGAUUGAUCUUGAAUCCCAACUCCCUACAAGAAGAUUCUUCAAUACACUCAUGUACUCAUGUAAUUUUCUUGUGAAGUGCCAUUUGUCUCCACUCGCUGCUCGAGAGGAAGGCAAGCUUUUCUCACAAUUGUUACAUAUCCUGAAAGUAUUUGCACAAUUUGAAAUAAAUGAUAAUACUGGGCAGCCCCUAUCUGACUUAGAUGUAAUGAAAAUUCAUUACAACCAAGUAAAGGAACUACAAAGCAUUACAUUUAGAAAUUUCCCAGAAUUAUCUCAGUUUAGUUUUUCCAGUGUUGCAGCAGUGGAUGACACAGAAACACUGAGGCAGUAUUUUGAACCACAGUCUGAUGCAGAUAUUCAAAGACUGUGUCAGUUGCUUCAUUUAAUACCCACAGAAGAUGAAAAUGUUACUGACAGGAAAUAUUUGAUUGAGGCUAUCCUUUGGAAAUACCAAAGACGCAUUUCACAAUUAGAGGCAAUCAAUCGCAUGCCUUUAUAUCCCACUGAGCAGAUAAUUUGGGAUGAUAAUAUUGUUCCCUCAGAGUACUUUUCAGGUGAUGCAUGUUUAGCUUUACCAAAGUUAAACCUUCAGUUUUUAACAUUACAUGAUUAUUUGUUGAGGAACUUUGAUUUAUUUAGACUUGAAUCAACUUAUGAAAUUCGGCAGGACAUUGAGGAUAUAGUAAUGAGGCUAAAUCCUUGGCUAACUGAAAGCAAUCAAGUAAUAUUCAGAGGAUGGGCUCGCAUGGCACAGCCCAUAGCCAAUUUUGCAGUAUGUGAAGUAGCAAAGCCUAAUGUAGGUGAGGACAAGCCUUCACGAGUCAGGGCUGACAUCACUAUUAAUUUGAGUGUCAGAAGAGAGAUAAGAAAUGAAUGGGAAGCUUUGAGAAAGCAUGAUGUUUGCUUGCUCUUGUCAUUAAUGAAUCCUAAAGAACUGCCUAAUCCCCAAGGACACUUUUCUGAAGAAUGGGGCAUCAGGUAUAUCCGAGGGUGUGAGGUGGAAGGAAUGCUGGAUGAGAAUGGCAGGGUCAUUGAGGAGGGACCUGAGCCUAAACCUGAACUGAAAGGGGAGACCAGAACCUAUAGAGUUUGGUUAGAUUGUAAUCAGUACAAAAUUGACAUGGAUAAUAUUAAGUCUAGUAAUGGAAAUGAAGAUGUUUAUGAGACUUUCAAUGUUUUAAUGAGGCGGAAACCCAAAGAAAAUAACUUCAAGGCUGUGUUAGAAACCAUCAGGGACCUGAUGAAUACUAAGUGUGUAGUGCCUGACUGGCUGCUAGACAUCAUCCUUGGUUAUGGAGAUCCAGGGGCUGCCCAUUACUCACAGAGGGAGAAUGCAUUGGCUACCUUAGACUUCAAUGACACAUUUCUAAAUUUUGAACACUUGAAGAAGAGUUUCCCAAAUCAUUCAGUUCAUCAUAAUUCAAAACCUGAUUUGCACCCACCCUUCAAGUUAACAUUUGAGGAUCAAAAGACAGUAAAGCGACCAGCUGAGGAAGAGGAGGCAAAGGUAACCAAGAGUAUAUUUGUUGAACCUUAUGUUGUUCCCAGCAGAGGGCCUUAUCCAUAUACUGUACCUCGCAAAAAUAGGGUCCAGUUUACUCCCACACAAGUUGAAGCCAUUCGUUCAGGAAUGCAGCCUGGUCUCACCAUGGUUGUUGGUCCUCCAGGGACAGGGAAGACAGAUGUUGCAGUUCAGAUCAUAUCAAAUAUUUAUCACAAUAAUCCAGCUGAGCGCACUCUUGUUGUAACACACUCUAAUCAAGCCCUCAAUCAGCUCUUUGAGAAAGUUAUUGCACUUGAUGUUGAUGAGAGGCAUCUAUUGCGUCUUGGUCAUGGUGAAGAAGCUUUAGAAACUGAGAAGGACUUCAGUAGAUAUGGACGUGUCAACUAUGUUCUUAGCAAGAGGCUUGAACUACUGGAGGAAGUGACUCGACUCAAAGAAUCUCUUGGAGUGGCAGGAGAAAUGGGAGCGUCAUGUGAAACGGCUGGCUACUUCUUCCUUCAACAUGUCCUAGCACGAUGGGAGUGCUACAUGAGUCAGGUUACUGCCACUUCAGGCAAACCGGUCAAUGUAGAACAAGUAGCUGAUCUGUUUCCUUUCCACAUUUUCUUUAGUAAUGCACCCCAACCUUUGUUCAAAGGCAAAAGUUAUGAGGAAGAUAUGGAAAUUGCAUCAGGCUGUUUCAGGUACCUGGAGAACAUUUUUACACAGUUGAAGGAAUUCCGUGCAUUUGAAAUGUUGAGGAGUGGUCUUGAUCGUACAAGGUAUCUACUUGUUAAGGAAGCCAAAAUUAUUGCCAUGACAUGUACUCACGCAGCUCUCAAGCGUCGAGAACUAGUGGACUUAGGGUUUCAGUUUGACAACAUUUUGAUGGAGGAAAGUGCACAAAUAUUAGAAAUUGAAACAUUUAUUCCAUUGCUGCUACAGAAUCCUGAAGAUGGUCGAAACAGACUCAAGCGUUGGGUCAUGAUUGGAGACCAUCAUCAGCUGCCUCCUGUCAUCAAGAACAUGGCUUUUCAAAAGUACAGCAAUUGUGAGCAAAGUUUGUUCACUAGAUUUGUCAGGCUGGGGGUUCCCACAGUUGAAUUAGAUGCUCAAGGCCGAGCCCGACCAUCUAUUUGCGCACUCUACAACUGGAGAUACAAUAACUUAGGUGAUCUUCCUCAUGUAAUCUCAUGGCCAGAGUUUAGAACUGCCAAUGCUGGACUGUAUUAUGAGUAUCAGUUGAUAAAUGUAGAUGACCUGGAAGGCCGUGGAGAGUCAGAACCACGCAAAUAUUUUUAUCAAAAUUUGGCAGAGGCUGAGUAUGUAGUACAUUUGUAUAUGUACAUGAGACUUCUUGGAUACCCUGCCUCAAAAAUAUCUCUGUUGACCACUUACAAUGGUCAGAAAGAGUUAUUGAGAGAUGUAGUGGAGCAAAGGUGUGCCAGAAAUCCUCUGUUUGGUCGCCCUCACAAGAUCAGUACUGUUGAUAAGUAUCAGGGACAACAAAAUGACUACAUUUUAUUGUCCUUGGUGCGAACCAGGGCUGUAGGACAUUUACGAGAUGUGAGGCGUCUUGUUGUGGCUAUGUCUAGAGCUCGGCUGGGCCUGUACAUUUUUGCUCGUGUCUCUCUGUUCAAAAAUUGUUAUGAACUACAGCCAGCAUUUUCUCUCUUGACAAAAAGGCCAUUACAACUACACUUGGCACCAUGGGAGCACUGGCCAGCACACCGGCCACACUCUCAACUGCUGCAAGACAAGCCUGUUGAAGUUGCAGAUGUGACUCACAUGAGUAGCUUGGUGCAUCAAUUGUACUCAGAGGUGUGUGCAAAUAUUCAAGCUGUUGCUGGUCUUGGAGAGGCCCCUGGAACUAUGGCCAUCCAUGAACUACCUCCAGACACUGGUGCAAAGUAUGACUCAGAUGAGGAAGCUGCAGGCAAAGAAGAUGAGGAAACAUCAAUGCUCAUAGUAAAUGAAGUUGAAACCAAAUAAAUUCCUCUCAUUGGCAAGUCAGGACCUACAGGUGAUAACAUUUGAUAAUGAAAAGAUUAUUCUGGCAUCACAGAUUUUUUUUUUUUUUUCUAGGUAAUUUUGUAUGUAACCUGAACAUGUUCAAAUUAUUUUUUGAAUUAAUUUACUGUAUUAUUUCUUUAUAAUUAUGCUUGUACAUAUUUGAACAUUUUACUAAAAGAUCUAUGCUUUUACAAGACCAUGAUUUUGAUUUGGUGCAAAUGUUUGUGUUAAGUGAUGUAGGAGAGUAUCAUUGUAUAAUUUAGAUUGGGAGGAAGUGAUGUAGGAGAGUAUCAUUGUAUAAUUUAGAUUGGGAGGCAGAAGUUAUGUUCUAAAGAUAGUUGUUAAGAUGCACUGUUAUUGUAGUAACUACUGUAGAUAUAAAUUAUCUUGAGGAAUACAUUUUGUAUGGAUUGUAUUACAUAAUGAAAAUGUAAAUAGUGACUUUCAUACAUACAUAUUUUUAUACAUGCUUGACCUUGUUCAGGUUUGAAAAUGAGUUGGCAAACUGUUGUGUUCCCCAAGUCCAUAUAUGCUGAAAUAAUAAUCAGCUUCCACAUGCAUAGUAGGUUAAGGGCAAUACAUAGGGAAGACAUGCACAUUUAAAGAGUCUUAAUGUAUGGACCAUAUUCUUUGGGUGUCUGAGAUAACUCAUAAAUGUCAUUUUCAUCAUGUCCAAACCUACAACUAGCUUUUUGGUAUUAUAAUUAGUGUAUUUUUGAAAUAUUCUGAGCCUCUUAAGGGUUAUCACUAUGUUUCUGAAAGUGUAUUGAGAGUUAUGAAAGAAACAAUGUACUAUUGUGAAAAUGUGUUUUGGAAGACCAUUGAAGCUGCAUAAUGAAGGAAUAAUUACUGGGAGAACAUUAGCAUCAUCAUUACAUCACCAUCACCCCUCCUCCCCCCAUAUCCAAGCUGAUUGUUAUCAUGGGGUUGGCUUUAGGACCAGGGACUGGUGCCUGAUUCUGGGGAAAGGGACCUAGUGGCCACCUCCUCGGCCUAGGGCCCCUGUCCUUGAUCCAAGUUUUCUUUGGACUAUUACUUCAUAAUUUUUUUCCCCUUCACUUUUUACUUCAUAAUUUUUUUCACCUUCACUUUCUCUCUCCUUCACCUCCUAUUAUCUCCUCAUUUUUCUUAAGGCAUGAGGACUGUGUCAUGAGGAUGUAAGACUAACCACAUGUCAUGAGUGGCCCUAUUCUCCCAUUUCCCUUAUUCUUUACAACCAUGUAUACUUUAUGAUACCUAUAUAGGCUAUUUCACCCAUCAUCCACAGUAUCUCUGAUCCAUAUCUGUCCACUCACCUAUAUUCUGUGGAAGACAAAUAUCAUAUACCCUUCCUUCCUUCUUCCCUUUUUUAUUCCUUCCCAUACCACUCCUUUUAAGCCUUUUUAUGACGCAUUUUCAUCUUCCAUAAUCCAGUGCACUACACCCUUGCAGGUGUGUUUCUUCCAGUUUCAUUUGCUAACCCCUUUUCUGUCUUGCAUCCUGACACUCCAGCCUCUAUUCAUUGAACCUCGAAACCCAGUCCUCUCGUACAUUGUAAAUGUGCACAUACAGUCACCUCUUGAUUAACGCAAGGGUUACGUUCCUGGAGAUGUCGCGUUAUUUAAACAUAAUUUCCUCAUAGGAAACAAUGGUAAUAGGGGGGGUUAUGUUCCUGGACACUGGGAAAGUCUGCCUGUUUUGGGGAUUUUGUUACUCUAACCUUAAAAAAAAACAUUAUUAAUACAUUAGUGGGUCACGGAAACAACAAGGAUGCACGUUCUCAUUUUAUUUAAAUUUGUUCCUCACCUGCGUUGGCCACCACCCCUCCCUGCCCCGCGCCCCCGCCGCCGGCUGCUCCCCUCACCCCCGCCACCCCGCCUCACCUGCCUCGUUCCUCUUUGUUUGACUGCCCAUGCUGUUGGUGACAAGGAUGACUCCUUUGAGUUGGAGUUUUCUAAAGAAAGAAUUGCUGCAUUGCAUUUGUGAGAUGCUGACACAACAAAGACGCAUCCCUGCACUCACCAUCACCGCCCUGUUGAUGCGUCGCCGCUGUCGUCCACCGGGUCCCCGCCCCGCUCCUUCCCCCCUCCCCACCCUGUCCUUCCACCUCCUGUGAAGAGGUGGAAGGACGGGGUGGGGAGGGAGGGGGGAGGGUGGUGUGGGGACGCGUUUUUGUUGUGUCACUGACUUGCAAAUGUGGUGUGGCAAUUCUUUCUUUAGAAAACUUUUAACUUGGGGGAGUUGUCUUUGUCACCAAUAGCAUGGGUGGUCAGGGGAAGAGGAGGGAGGCAGGCGAAGUGGGGCGGCGGAGGUGAGGGGAGCGGCCGGUGGCGGGGGCGCGAGGCGGGGAGGGGCGAUGGCCGGCGCGGGUGAGGAGCAAAUUUGAGUAGAGUGGGAGCGUGUGUUUUUGUUGUUUCCGUGAACCACCAAUGUAUUAAUAAUGUUUCAUCGAUGAUGUCACGCUCGAUGACACGUUAUUUAAACUCAUGUUAAUCGAGAGGUGACUGUACAACUAAAUGUCCAAAGCCUAUUACUGAUCUUGCUGCUUCUCAUUUUCUUGGACCCCUCAGACCUCUUCUUUCCCUCCCCAUAAGAAAGCCUUUGAUUCCCAUGACUUCUCUCCUGAUGAGACCAUUUUUGCAAAUGCUGAUUUUAUAGCUCAAUUUCAUGUUGAUUCCUCAAGUCAUCCCAAAUGUCUUGCACUGUCAAUUUCUGCUUCUGUUCACCCCCACCAACCUUAGUUUCAUCUCAAGGAGCGUAAGCAAUAGGAGCGCUGAAGUCAUCUUCAAACUUUACUUAGCACUAGUUAGACCUCAUCUCGAUUAUGCAGUUCAGUUCAUGUCUCCCUACUACAGAAUGGAUAUCAAGAUGUUAGAAUCUGUACAGAGGAGGAUGACAAAGAUGAUUCACAGGGUGAGAAACUUCCCUUAUGAAGACAGGCUGAAGCAUUUAAAUCUACACUCUCUAGAAAGGCGAAGGUUGCAAGGAGACUUGAUCGAAGUCUAUAAAUGGAUGAAGGGCUUUAAUAAAGGGGAUGUCAGUAAGAUUUUGAUGGUAAAAGAGCCAGGUAGGACAUGUAGCAUUGGUUUUAAGUUAGACAAAUUCAGAUUCAACAAAGACAUAGGCAAGAAUUGGUUCACCAAUAGUGUGGUAGAAUGGAACAGGCUUGGGAGCCAUGUUGUGGGUGCCAAUACCAUGGAUACAUUCAAGAAGAGGUUAGAUAAAGCCAUGGAUGGUGAGGUAAGGUGGGGUUGAGUGUACAGGAGCUGCCUUGUAUAGGCCAACCGGCCUCUUGCAGACUCCUUACGUUCUUAUGUUCUUAUGUUCCUCCUACUACCCCUAUGUCCAGCUCUCUACUCCCUCACCUCCUCCACACUUCCCUCACCCCUGCCUUCACUGUUCCAUCUACCACAAAAUUGAUUCUUGAUUACCUCUUUCCUUCUGGAACCACUCGUGAUUUCCAAUAGACUGUAUUAGGUAUCAGUUCACCUCUUUGCCACUUGAAGCCCCUUGCGUGCAUCUUUGUAGAAACCGAUGCUUUACCCUCUGUUUACCAGCAUUUUUUACAGUUUCAAUGUUGCCUACUGUAGCCCUGUGUGUGUAAAACACCGAUUUUAAGAAUGGAAGUUAAACGCACCUUCGGAAAUAAUACCCAUUUAACAUCAGUUUAAAUUAAAUUAGAGAUGCUAGAAAGCAAAAUAAUCAGAUGAAGCAUCUCAUGUUGCCUUCUGCCAUUCACAAGAUAGACAUGAGCCCGCCUACAUUUGGCACUCAGUGGUCAUGUUUACCAUAAAUUGAUGCGGACCUGAAUAACUACGAGCAAUGGAUAAUGUAUAUUUUUUCCUGAUCAGCAUGCACUUUGUUUGGAUUUUUUGCUCCAAACAAUAACUUGUAUUCCAGAAUUUCAAAAUAGAAAAAAGAGCAGAGUUCUUUAGGGAAAGUACUUCAUAGACAAUUCUCCAGGUGGCUGAGUGUAGCACUGCAUGCAUAACCAAUACUGUCUGUUAUCCCCCUCCUACUCAUAUUCCCUAGUUUCUUCUACUUUCCUCUUGCUCUCCUACUUCCCAGCUCUGUCUCUUCUGCCCCUUCUGUCUCUGGCUUCCCUGCUCUUAAUUCUGGUUCUCCUACCCUUUUUAUAUGUACAUUGUCUCUAUUCCCUGCAUUUCCACAAACUCCUGAUUUUUCUCACAGAACCUUAGACAGUAACAUUUCCUUGUUUCAAUGAGGUCACAUUUCCAGAGCUCUUUUUCCCAGUGUUGUAUCAUUCUUCCAUACAUCACUGUCUUUUCUCUUUACCCUGUUUACCUGUAUCUGACCAUAAUGCCACAUGACCUCCAAUGUCUGGCACAUAUUUUCCACUAACCCAUUCACUCAUCACCUUUUACACUAGAAUUAAUGGAUGGACAAAUCAAAUAAAUGUCCUUAUAAAGUUAUUUAUAACAUUUAUUUAUAAUAUAUACAUUCGAUAGACAAAAACAAAAAUAUAGCUGCCUUUGCACACAGAAGUACAUACUACAUUUUAUUGUUGGAUUCAUGGAAGAUUUUCUUUUCUUUUUUUUAUAAGUAGUGACAUCACAUCUGUAGCACCAAUAAUAAGUUACAAAUACUAUUUCACAUCCCCAAGUCUCACUAGCUAAAUUUAAAGGUUGUAUAAUAUAUGAAUGAAUUGUUUAAUACUAGUUGGAACUUCUGUCACCUUAACAACACUCCCUAUUGUAAAUGCAUGGAAUUUUUUUUUAGCAAGUGAUACUAAAUAGAGAAACAGUUAAUUACAUUAUAUAUUAGUCCUUUACUCUGGCAUUAAUACAUGUCUAAAUAAUACACUCUCUACAUUGUAGAGGUCACAUUUAUUGAGCAGUACGAUACGCGCAAACACACACGUACACACACUAAAUUUUUGCAUUUGGUGACACAUUGAUGCCAGAGAAAGCUGGCCAAAUGCAAAUAAGUAAAA